AAACAUUCACGAGAAAGAAAAAUUUUAAUUUGUUUACGGAAGUAUAAACACAAGUCACUGCAUUCAAAUUUUGCAACUUUUUUUCAAAACAUUCUAUUUACUAACAAACUAUAUGAAUUUCCUACCAUAUAUCCAAAGCAAAUCUCCAACUUUCAACAACAAUAUAUGAAGUUCCGUUGUACAUCACAAUAUGUGGAAACUUUUAUGAGAACUUUUUCAGUAUCUAUUACUAAAAAUUAAUGCAAUUUGGUACGGCUGAACUUAUCUUAUAUUGAGAUUCUAGCAGCUGAAUAGGGACAGUAAUUUUCGAAGCCUAUGUACUUGCUGCUGUUUGCGAAACAAAACAUCGCAAUUAACAAAAAAAGAAUUUGUAGUUCUCUGCAGAAUUUUUAGUAUCAUAAUCUGAAUUAUUUUAUAUAUCAAGAGAGAUAAAAUGGCAUACUGUGCAGCAAUAAACUGCAAAAGUAAAAUAGGAGAAGAUCCUGCAAAAACGUUUCACAGAUUUCCAUUGUGGAAUCCUCCUUUAUUAGAAAAGUGGCUGUCAAAUCUUAAACGUACUGAUUUCUGGAAACCUGCAUCUACUUCUGUACUUUGUUCUGAUCAUUUUGAAGAGAGUUGUUUCGACCAAAUUGGAAAUGUGAAGCAUAUUAGAGGAGAUGCAGUUCCAACUUUAUUUUUUAUAGAUGACAAGCCUCAGUCGGAAAAUUCUAAUGAAUCCCUUGAAAAGCCACAAAUCGUUAGUGUUAUAUCUUUGGAUAAUCUUUUCAAAUCUUCAUUAAAUAAGGGAGCUGAUCCUCUUCGAUUGUUUCAUGAGAAGAUUGAAGAAAUUUGCAAACAAAAGAAAGAAGCAGAAAGGAAAAAAAUAAUACUGCAGCUGUUACUUUCUUUCAAGCGUUUUUCAGUUAAUCAGCAAAAAAUUAAAUUAGUCCUGAAUCGAUCAAGGAUAUUGAGAAGAAAAAUGAUGCAGACUGCUAUGAUUAUGAUACUUCUAACACAAAAACAAUUUGCAAUUAAUAGCUGAUGAUUCCUGAUUAGAUUCUUUUAUAAAGUGCCUUAAUCACCAGCCUUUGCUCCUAAUCAGUCAUCGCACUUUCAUUGAAAAUACCAUCAUUUAGUCAUCAUCAUCACUAUUUUCUAACCUAGUUGUUAUUAUUUCAAGGAAAUGUAGUUUCAGAUGAAAUCUUUCCAUUAGGGAAAGAUUUAUUACCUCUGAAGCAGACAAAUGUGACCAUCAGAUAAUACAGAAUGAGUGUUUAUUUAGAAAUCCCUCGUUUCCAAUUAAUUUUCCCUAUAAAAUAAUUAUAGACAACAAUUUAAGUGUUUAAAGUAAAUUAAAAAUAAGCUUAAUUACUCUUAAUUACCAAUAAUUGUAAUUAUAAAAUAUCAUGAUUUAUUAAUAUAUUUGAAAGAAUGUCAAUGCUGACUAUAAAAUUGCUAAAGAAUAUAUCAAUGUAUUUUAAUAUUCAUGCAGUGAUAUUUGUUACAUAUAUUCAUAUUGGAAUAUAACUAUAAAAAUCAAAUUCAUAUAUUAGUAAUAAACAAAGUAUUAUAAAUAAUCUGUAGUAACUUCAUUUUAUUUGGAUUCUGAAGAGAUUUGACGUUCCAACAUGUUAAGUCUAAUGUUUUAUAAUCAAGUUGAUAAGUGUAAUAUUUUGUGGUUAUCUAAUGCAGCAGUAGAUGAUCAGUUUGUGAACAUAAUUCAUUCAAAAAUUAUAUUUGUUAAUCAGUCAUUGAUUUAUUAUAGCUUUCUGUGGAAUGGAAUAAGAUUAAUUUAUUCUGAAGAUCCUUUAAAAACAAUUAAAUUAUUCUUAACUAAAUUUACAUAUGUGAUUUUCUCAUGUGUAAUUUUUUCUGCUUGAACUUUCUUAAUUACAUUUUUCUUAGCAAAGAUUGAGUAUUUUAUUAUUCUGUUCAUAUCAUUCUGCUUAAUCGCAUCUGACAUCAAAUUUCUUUCUUGGCUUUUAUCUAUGGUUUUGUUUCUAUAAUAAACUUUGUUUUCACUUCCCGGCUUUUUUAAGAGAUUAUAAUAUGGUAGGAUUUUUAAUGAAAAAUUCCAAAGCAUACUUUAAAAAAUUCAAUGCUAGAAAAUGAUUAUGUAUUCAUUAUCUAAGUAUAAAAAUCUUCUACAAAAAAGUUUUUAAUCUACUUUAUUCAUUGUAUAGACCUGUUCAUUAACUAAUCAUCCACAUUAUUUUAUGAUUUAUAUAAUCUGAUUUAUUUAAUUUAGUACUUAUGGUACUGGACAAUUUUCUGAUUACACAUUUUACUUAAGAUUCUAGAAAAGAAACCAUAAUUGGUGAAAAUCACCAUUUAUUGGUGAUUUGUCAUGAAGGCUGUAAAUAUCAACUAUUUUAUUUUAAAGCUGAAGAUCUGGAAAUUUUACCUUUCCAUCUGUGGAUUGCUGUAUAAUAUUUCAAAUGACAGCAAAUGUUAAACAUUUAAAUAUUUCUAAAAGGCUCUAAAUUAUAUGAUCAUAAAUUUUGGUGUGUUUCCUUUCUUUUUUGUUCCUGUUCUACCCUCCCCCCUUCCCCCUUUAAAAUUAAAUUUUUAUUAGUUUGUAUUGCUUUUAAAGUGUCACUAUCAAAUAACAUAUCUAGAUCCAUGUUGAAAAAAAAAUUGAUCAUGCCUUAAAAUUUUUUGAAAAAUUGAAAUUCUCAGGAAUUGUCUCAUUAUUAAUGAAAUUUUGUAAUUUAUGUAGAUUUAAAAUUGCUUUUAUUAAAAAAAUAUGCAAUAAAAUUUUUUAUAACAAUACACAUCAAAAUGAC